GCCCACUUCAUACACUGCCCAUCGCACAUCAUGAUUCGCUUCGACAACCUCCCCCCAGAAGUCAUGCAGGCCAUGUGCACGCCCAUGCACCUCAUCCUGCCCGCUUCACCCCAGCAGCGCACCGGCGCCUUGUUCCUCGGAUCCUUCUCCGCGAUCCUCGACCCCUCCCUCCUCGCCAGCAACCAUAUUUCUGCCCUCGUCCAAGUCCUCGAUGCGCCUUGGCUCCCAUCCGUCGAGGCCCAUGCCGCGCAGGGAAACAAGCUCGAGUGCUACCGCCUAGACAUCCUAGACAGUACGUCCGCGGACCUCCGUCCUCACCUCGAAUCCACGGUCCGGUGGAUAGACGACAGGCUUCGGCGCGGUCUCAACGUCCUCGUCCACUGUCAGCAGGGCGUGUCGCGCUCCGCCGCCGUCGUGAUCGCCUAUCUCAUCUACACGCAGAACAUGUCCUACGACUCCGCGUUCGACCUCGUCAAGCGCAAGCGAGCCUGCAUCAAGCCCAACUCCGGCUUCGUACGCUGCCUCCAGGACUGGGAGAAGCAAUGGCGCCUCGCGCCCCAACGUCCCGGCGCACGCCGCGCGAACACCACUCCUAUGUGAUGCGCCCCCAGUCCAUCCCUCCCUGCUGCAGUCAUCGUCUCCGCCUGUCUCCCAUGCUUGCGAGUAUCUGUCCCAGGUCUGCUGACGAUCGCGCGUUCGUCCUUCAACCCCGGAGUGAGGAGCACAGUGGGGCGACGGAAGGUUAGGACGGUUCGCCCCACACCAAUGUUAUCUCUGCCCCGAUCCCCCACUACUCUCUCCUCCCAUCCUUUCUUCCACCCGGCGCGUGCCCGUCUGGCCAUGGCGAAAUAGACCUUCCGAACGAGUGGUCGCCGGCAGUAGGGAGUUUGAGCCAGCCGCCCCUGCUCCACGAGCCAAUGCAUACGUACUCUACGCGCGCCCGCACCGGGUGCCGCGUCCGUCUCUGGCCGUUGCUCUGCUCCAUCGCUCGUCCUGAUCGCCCUUCAAUCGCCAUCCUCCCUUCCGAUUUGUUGCCGUGCGGCUCUCCUCUCCCACCGUGUAGCUCCUCCCUUCACGACCUUCAAUGGCCACAUAUGCCGCUAUCCAACCAAGGACUGUGCAUGUUCGUGCUCGUCGUCUCCUCGCCUACACCAUUGUCUACGGGGUCCAGAUCACCGCCACGCGACAUCAUCCGUCUCCGCCACUCCUGUGUACAGCUUUCAUCCCUUCGCAAUCCGUUUCGCAAUCGCUAUCGCAAUAUCAGAUAUUUGCAGGAAUGUACACGUAUCAUACAAGUCUGCCAGCUUAUUCGUCUUCCUUGCUCUUGCGACUUAUGUCCUGUCCCAGGCUCGCUUAUUGGCCGAUUUUCCGUUCUCUCUAUCUUGGCUCGCGUUUUUGGGGACAAUGAGUUCGGUCGCAUCCGUGCCGCGUUUCCCGCUAAGCGUGGCUCGUUCAGUGCAUGAUCUGCAGCAGCACUUAAACCUUUGGCUUUUGCUACUUCACCUCCAUGUUAUUCUGUCAAGUCGCUUCCAUCACUUGUAUCAGUAUCAGUAUCCUGAGCCCUUCGCAGCCCCGCGUGCUGCACUUUCUCUCUUGAGUCGAGUGUACCCAAUUGAGCGUGUCUGUCUCCGC